UGCAGGGUAUGGAUAACUGAGCUCAGUGAUCUGUUUUGCUACAUUGUAUCACUGAUCAGUGCCCUGAGCUGCCACCACUGCCAUCCCCUGGUUGCUGCUGCUGCCAAUGCUAUUUGCACACAUGCAGGAAGAGAUUGGCCAGAAGUUGGGGGACCCUCGAUGAUCAGAGCCUGCCAAGUGCUAGGACAACCGAACCCUGAAGCAGCAGAGGCUGCCUUGCUCAUUGGGUGCAAUGCAUGCUCUCCACGCCUCUGCUAGGCAGGGGCAGCCUCCUGUCUGCUAGAGCUGAUUGCAAUAAGCCCUGUGCAGGGCAGGAAGAGCUCUCUAGUCACUCCCCUUCCAUCAGGAUCAGGGUUUGUGUGAGAGCAGAAGCACAGGCUGCAGCCCAGACACACGGGACUUGGCAGAUUGAUCACUUUUUUUUAGGGGGGGCUCUGCAUUACCUGCUGGAGACAAAGAGCCCCCACAAGACCUGAUCCUGCUUCCUUCCUGCCUGGCUUUUGCUUCUUAAAGGAACCAUCCCCUUUUUUUAUCCCCCCCUUCUUUGCACUCCUUUCUGGACCUGGGAAGCCCCCCCACUUCUAUUGAUGAUCAGGGACUGCUGACCCACAUUCUACGACCCCCAUGGCGACUACUGUGGUUGAGCCGAUCUAUGGACUUUCUGAAGAUGAAGAAGAAUCUCGCAUCCUUCGAGUUAAAAUUGUGUCUGGUAUUGAUCUGGCAAAGAAAGAUAUCUUUGGAGCAAGUGACCCGUAUGUGAAAUUGUCCCUGUAUGUAGCAGAUGAAAACCGAGAACUGGCUCUAGUACAGACGAAGACCAUAAAAAAGACGUUGAACCCAAAAUGGAAUGAGGAGUUCUUUUUCAGGGUCCUUCCAACUAAUCAGAGGCUACUGUUUGAAGUGUUUGAUGAGAAUCGAUUGACUAGAGAUGACUUCUUAGGUCAAGUUGAUGUGCCUCUAAACCACUUACCGACUGAAGAUCCCACAAUGGAGAGACCGUACACAUUCAAAGACUUCUUACUCCGACCAAGAAGCCAUAAGUCUCGGGUGAAGGGUUUCCUGAGACUAAAGAUGGCGUACUUGCCAAAGAAUGACGGACAGGAGGAAGAAACCAAUGAGCAGAGGGAAGAAGCGCAGCACGCCUGGGAUGUUGUAGAUUCCAAUGACUCUCCCUCUUCACACCAGCAAGAACUGCCAGUCCCUCCUUUACCCCCGGGAUGGGAGGAAAAAGUUGACAAUCUUGGGCGUACAUACUACGUGAAUCACAAUAACAGGACCACCCAGUGGCAUCGGCCAAGCCUAAUAGAUGUUGCAUCUGAGUCAGAUAACAACAUCAGGCACAUACAGCAAGAGGCCCAUCGAGUGUUCCGAUCGAGGAGGCACAUCAGUGAAGACCUAGAGCCAGAACAUGUGGACGGAGGAGAUUUACCCGAGCCAUGGGAGACUAUUUCCGAGGAAAUGAGUUUAAGCAGUGACACUCUGAAUGCAUCUCUGCCACCACCUGCAUCCCCUGUCUCUCGGGCCAGCGCGCUGGAACUUUCAGAGGAGCUCAACCGGAGGCUACAGAUCAGUUCUGAGUCCAACGGGGAACAGUUCAGCUCACUCAUUCAGCGGGAGCCCUCGACGAGAUUGCGGUCUUGCAGUGUGACCGACAGUGUUGCGGAACAGGCUCAACUCUCCAUGCCAAGCACACCAACAGGUCGAGCACGGUCCUCAACUGUGACAGGUGGAGAGGAGUCCACGCCAUCGGUGGCCUAUGUACACACCACCCCGGGGUUACCGUCAGGCUGGGAAGAAAGGAAAGACGCUAAAGGACGCACUUAUUAUGUUAAUCAUAACAAUCGCACUACAACAUGGACCCGUCCCAUCAUGCAGCUUGCAGAAGAUGGUGCAGUUGGAUCCAACUCAAGCAGUAGCAAUCAUCUGAGCGAGCCUCAGAUUAGGCGACCUCGUAGCCUCAGUUCCCCCACAGUUACUUUGUCCGCACCACUGGAGGGUGCUAAAGACUUCCCCGUGCGCCGGGCUGUGAAGGAUACAUUGUCCAACCCUCAGUCUCCACAACCAUCUCCUUAUAACUCUCCUAAACCACAACACAAAGGGGCGCAGAGCUUUUUGCCGCCAGGCUGGGAGAUGAGAAUAGCGCCAAAUGCCAGGCCAUUCUUUAUUGACCAUAAUACCAAAACUACCACUUGGGAAGACCCGAGGUUGAAAUUUCCAGUUCAUAUGCGAACAAAAGCUUCAUUAAAUCCAAACGACCUGGGUCCUCUUCAACCUGGCUGGGAGGAGAGAAUACACUUAGAUGGCAGGACGUUCUACAUAGACCACAAUACUAAAAUAACCCAGUGGGAGGACCCCAGACUACAGAAUCCAGCCAUCACUGGGCCAGCUGUCCCUUACUCUAGAGAAUUUAAACAGAAAUACGAUUAUUUCAGAAAAAAAUUGAAGAAACCUGCUGACAUACCAAACAGGUUUGAAAUGAAGCUUCACAGAAAUAGCAUCUUUGAAGAAUCGUACAGGCGGAUCAUGUCGGUGAAGAGGCCGGAUGUCCUGAAGGCACGGCUCUGGAUAGAGUUUGAAUCCGAGAAAGGCUUGGAUUACGGUGGAGUGGCCAGAGAGUGGUUCUUCCUUUUGUCCAAAGAGAUGUUUAAUCCGUAUUAUGGACUGUUUGAGUAUUCCGCAACGGACAAUUACACCCUCCAAAUAAAUCCCAACUCUGGUCUUUGCAAUGAAGAUCACCUCUCGUAUUUCACAUUCAUUGGGCGAAUUGCCGGCCUUGCAGUAUUCCAUGGGAAAUUACUAGAUGGUUUUUUUAUUCGGCCUUUCUACAAAAUGAUGCUGGGGAAGCAGAUUACCCUGAAGGACAUGGAGUCUGUGGAUAGUGAAUACUAUAAUUCUUUAAAAUGGAUCUUAGAAAAUGACCCAACUGAGCUGGAUCUCAGGUUCUGUAUAGAUGAAGAGAAUUUUGGCCAGACUUACCAGGUUGACUUGAAGCCAAAUGGAUCAGAAAUGGUCGUAACAAAUGAAAACAAGAGGGAAUAUAUUGACCUCGUCAUUCAGUGGAGAUUUGUUAACAGGGUACAGAAACAGAUGAAUGGAUUUUUAGAGGGAUUUACUGAACUCAUUCCUAUUGAUUUGAUAAAGAUUUUUGAUGAAAAUGAACUUGAGCUUCUAAUGUGUGGUCUGGGAGAUGUGGAUGUGAAUGACUGGAGACAACACACACUGUAUAAAAAUGGAUAUUGUCCAAACCACCCGGCAAUCCAGUGGUACUGGAAGGCUGUGCUGCUGAUGGAUGCCGAGAAACGAAUCCGAUUGCUUCAGUUUGUCACCGGGACUUCCCGUGUGCCUAUGAAUGGAUUUGCUGAACUGUACGGUUCUAAUGGUCCUCAGCUGUUUACAAUAGAGCAGUGGGGAAGCCCGGACAAAUUACCCAGAGCUCACACAUGCUUUAACCGUCUAGAUUUACCUCCUUACGACUCCUUUGAAGAGUUGCGGGAGAAACUUCUCAUGGCGGUAGAGAACGCUCAGGGAUUCGAAGGCGUCGAUUAAGGAAUAUACUUUUCCUCUCCAUUAAAACGCAUCUUCCUUUUCGCAAAUUUGAAUGAAAUGGACAUUACCAGUGAUGACCGAGAGAUGCUUAACAAAAUUAUAAACACACUAU